AUGAGCCGCAGAAGAGGGGCCCGUGGGCCCGGAGCCAGAGGCAGCCGCGCUCGGCGCCCUUCAAGCCGCUCUUUGGAGACCUUCGUCGAAGAAGUGGGCGCCGCGCUGCGCGCUACUGUGGAGGCAGAGGCAGGCGAGGACGAGGGUGGCCAGCACUCAGUGGGCUUGCCCUGCGCACUGGCCAUGUGGGAGCUGGGCCAUUGCGACCCCCGCCGCUGCACUGGCCGCAAGCUGGCCCGCCUUCGCCUGGUGCGCCGCCUGCGUCUGGGCCAGCGCUUCGGUGGUCUGGUGCUCAGCCCUAUGGGUACUCAGUACGUGUCUCCUGCAGACAGACAACUUGUAGCCCAGUCUGGGGUGGCUGUCAUUGACUGCUCCUGGGCCAGACUUGAUGAGACUCCAUUUGGCAAGAUGCGGGGGAGCCACCAUCGCCUGCUGCCUUACUUGGUGGCUGCCAACCCCGUCAACUACGGCCGACCCUGCAAGCUGUCCUGUGUGGAAGCCUUCGCAGCCACUUUCUGCAUCCUGGGCUUUCCAGACCUUGCUUUCAUUCUGCUGCGGAAGUUUAAAUGGGGGACAAGCUUCCUGGACCUGAACCGCCAGCUCCUGGACCAGUACGCAGCCUGCAGCAGCCCAGAAGAAGUACUGCAGGCUGAAAAGGAGUUCCUGGCCAGUGCCAAGGAGUGCCCUGAGGAGGACAUUGAUCCCUUUGACGUGGACUCGGGGCGGGAAUUUGCCAACCCCAACCGGCCCAUGGGCAAUGCCCGGCCAUCCCCAGACUGUGAUGACAGUGACAGUGAGUCUGAGGAGCAGGGACCCAGUGUGGAAGAUGGAUCAGACAGCAGCAGCAGCCCAGAGAAUGAGGAGGGAAAAGAAGAUGACAAGGAGGAAGAGGCUGAGAAACUAGGGAAGGGGGCAGAGGCCAGGACCACAGAAGGUGUUUGGAAAGGAGUCAGGAGGCGGCAGAGAGACUGA